AUGCAGUCUCCAAGACAGUCACACGACAAUGCCUUAAAUCAGGUUCUAAGAUACUUAAAAGGAACUGUCGGCAACAGUUUGAUGUUCAAGAAAGGAGGGAAACAGAGGCUUGUUGGUUACAGUGACAGUAGUCACAACACUGAUGAGGAUGAUGGGAAAAGCACCUCAGGACACAUAUUCUUCUAUGGCGACACGCCUGUAACAUGGUGUUCUCAAAAGCAGCAAACGGUGGCUUUAUCAUCCUGCGAAGCAGAAUUCAUGGCAGCUACGGAAGCCGCUAAACAAGCCAUCUGGCUUCAAGAUCUCUUAAGUGAAAUCACAGGAAAGGAGGAAGGAAGAACGACAGUCUACGUUGACAACAAGUCAGCCAUAUCUUUGGCCAAGAACCCUGAGCAGAUUGAAGUGGAGUUUGUGCGAGGAGAAGACCAGUGUGCAGACAUCCUAACAAAGGCGUUGGCGAAGCUAAAGUUCAACGACAUGAAGAAGAAGAUUGGAGUUCAAGAUAGUUUCAGAAGCAACAUGAAACUUAGAAGGGAGAAUGUUGGAUAA